CCCCCUACAGCCUCCUUGUUGCAGUCGUUGACAAUAUUCAGUUCUCUCGUUGUCUCCCUAGGUUCCACCUUUCAUCUCAUUAUUAAGUAACAGAGGUGACUCACGGGAAGGAACGUUUAGGAAGCUGAUAAAAUGGGACGAAGUAAACCCAAGGAGUUCCGAUACCAGAGGAUUAACUUUGACGAUGACGACGAUGAGGAUAACUCCGACUUGGCCCGAGCGUUGGGUCCUUCUCCCGGAGCCCAGAGGGCAACUUGUGCUCAAUGUGUGCGUGGCUUUUGCAUUGUCACUACUAUCUUAGCCACCACGGCAUUCAUCGCUACAGCAAUACUUUUUGGUUCCGCAAUAUUUCCAAGUGGGCCGAAGAUUUUCGCCAAUUCUACUGACCUUGGAACCCAUGAUGGAAACGUGACCGUUGUAACCAAUGGUACCCAAAUUGACAAUAACCAAUUCCAAAAUGAAACAAUCUCGAAUACCACUUCGACGGAAAUCAAUUCAAACUUCAAUUCAUCCACGACCAACGAGACACCGUUUGAAACCAAUUCCACCCAAAACCAAUCGUCAAAUUCGACCACCAAAACCGCAAAUUCGACUACAAAAGCCAAACCCCAACCUGAUCCAUCGACUGGGCAAGAAUCCACCGAAAAUAAAGACCAUGACAAGAAACCCCAAACUUCAAAUGAGUUUACUAAAGAUGAUUCGGAAGUCAAACCAAAAGCUGGGUCAAGGAAAUUACUCGGCCUUUCUUCCACAGAGAAAGGUCAGGAUGUGACGACUUCUGACACAAUUGAGGGGACGGAAAUGCAGUCUAGCUCGUUUCAGACCCUUUUGGCAAAAAUUACUAACCUGCGCCAUUUGCGGCACCACUAAGGAUCAAUAUGGAAAAUUGGCAAACUGACUAUUGGAACCAUGUACAUUUGGCAAAUUUCAAGAGCUCGCUAUUGAUUCGGAUCUAUCAUACAUGCAGGAAAGGUUUGACCGCCAAGAGCUCGUGGCAAUGGUGGCUCUGAUCUGCUUUACCGCGGUUGGAAUAUCCAUCAGUAUCUUCUGCAUUCUCUGCUUUCUCCAACGACGAAGAAGAGCCAAGAGAAACCAUUUCAGCCGACUCAUCAAUGAUCUGAAUGCCACCGAGAAAUUCACCAUCGACGCCAUCUCCGACGACGAGGAAGUGAGCAAUUAAAUCGUCAAGCGGUCAAAACCUUUUUGACUCUAUAUGACUCUUUUUGAUUUGAUGACUUUUUACUCAUUUGACGAAAAGAAAACCAGAUUUUUUUUUGAUUCUUAA